AGCGACAGGCUGAGAGACAUCUGCAGGGCGCGACUGAGAGACAGCCGGGCACAGAGUGCAGAGAGACGGCCUGACGUACACCGAGCGGAUGGGUGAGAGCCGGGUAGUAGAGGGGCAGGUGGACAUGGGGGCAGCCCUACAGACAGACACUCAGAAUAUGGGGGCACAGGCUGACAUGGGGGGAGCCCAACAGCAUGUGACACCUAGUAACACACAGUAUAUGGGGGCACAGGUAGACAUGGGGGGUGCCCAACAGCAUGUGACACCUAGUAACACACAGUAUAUGGGGGCACAGGUAGACAUGGGGGGAGCCCAACAGCAUGUGACACCUAGUAACACACAGUAUAUGGGGGCACAGGUAGACAUGGGGGGAGCCCAACAGCAUGUGACACCUAGUAACACACAGUAUAUGGGGGCACAGGUAGACAUGGGGGGAGCCCAACAGCAUGUGACACCUAGUAACACACAGUAUAUGGGGGCACAGGUAGACAUGGCGGGAGCCCAACAGCAUGUGACACCUAGUAACACACAGUAUAUGGGGGCACAGGUAGACAUGGGGGGAGCCCAACAGCAUGUGACACCUAGUAACACACAGUAUAUGGGGGCACAGGCAGACAUGGGGGUAGCCCAACAGCAUGUGACACCUAUACACACACAGUAUAUGGGGGCACAGGCACACAUGGGGGGAGCCCAACAGCAUGUGACACCUAUACACACACCGUAUAUGGGGGCACAGGCAGACAUGGGGGGAGUCCAACAGCAUGUGACACCUAGAGACACACAGUAUAUGGGGGCACAGGCAGACAUGGGGGGAGCCCAACAGCAUGUGACACCUAGAGACACACAGUAUAUGGGGGCACAGGCAGACAUGGGAGGAGCCCCACAGCAUGUGACGCCUAUACACACACCGUAUAUGGGGGCACAGGCAGACAUGGGGGGAGUCCCACAUCAUAUGAUACCUGGACAUGGUCAGUAUAUUGUGGGAGCCCCACAUCAUAUGAUACCUGGAUAUGGUCAGUAUAUUGUGGGAGGCCCACAUCAUAUGAUACCUGGAUAUUAUCCGUAUAUGGGGGUACAGGCAGACACAGUGGGAGCCCCAUAUCAAUUGACACCUAGAGAAACUCUAUAUGCACAGGCAGACGUGGGGGGACCGCCACAUCAUAUGACACAGAGAGACGCUCAGUAUGUGGGGGGACCGCCACAUCAUAUGACACAUAGAGACGCUCAGUAUGUGGGGGGACCGCCACAUCAUAUGACACCGUCAGACACACAGCAUGUGGGGGCACAGGCAGACCUGGGGGGACCUCCACAUCAUAUGACCCCGUCAGACACACAGCAUGUGGGGGGACAGGCAGACACAACAGGGGUUGUUGGUACAAAGCUAGUAAAACCAGAUUUGGGGGAAAUAGAUGAUGGGGUGCUGACAGAGAACCCCAUCCUGGUGAUGAUCCCGUCCGCUCAGAAAAAUUUUAUACGAAAGGUGCAAAUAUAUUUUGGCUCCAAAGCAAAAUCAGGAGGCGGCGAAUGUACUGUGACUGCGCUGGACCAAGAGACGUAUUGUGUGGUCUUCAAAGAUAAAGAUGCUGUGCGGAGGGUGCUGGAGAAGAAAGAUCACACAAUUGAGUCUCUUCGCGCUGAAGUGACGAUUGCAGAUGAAGCGACUGUACAGCGAUACAAACGCCAUCUUAUCAAACCACUUUCCGAUGACCGCGCAAAGCCGGGGACUCCAGAUAUUUAUACCAGUGACGGAAAAGGAAGAGCUGAUGAUCCAUCGGGGAUGAAUGUUGGCACAGGGGAGGAAGGAUAUGGUAGAAGUCAUAAACCCCAACUUGCAGAACACAAAUUAUCCCCCUCCGGCAUGACCGAGCCCAACACCUAUCCUCCAGCCGGCAGCAGCGGAGCAGCAGAACGUUCUCAGAAGCCCCCCCUAGAGAUCUUUCCUGUAGUUGUGGCAAAGUUAAAUAACGACUUGAUCAGCAAGGUGACCCUAGAGGACGUACAACACAAGUAUAGUCACCUGAAAAUAAAGGUGACCGAGGAAGGCCUUGAGGUGAGAGGAACCUUCAGUGAUAUAGAGAAACUGAACGACUAUCUCCAGGAGCAGUUCGGAGGCAAAAUAAGGAAACCAUCAGAACCCAGGAAAGAGAAAAACCUUGCGGAUGAACGAGCGGACUGUUUAUGUGUUCCGGUAGCUUUAUAUCAGUAUUUUCAAGAGAUUUACCCAGAGGAAGUGAAAGCCAUAGAAACUCAAUAUAAAGUGAAUAUCACCCAUGUAGAUACAUCAGAGGGAAGUUCAUUUAUAGGUUUCAGUGGAUCAGAUUUCUCCAUUGACCAUGCCAAGCAUGUUUUUACCACCAAGAUCCAAAGAAUUACCAGCGACUGGGAGCAGAAAGAAGUGGCCUUAUCCGGCAUUAAGGCUCCAUCACAAGACCUUAAACAGUUAAUCAAAGAACAGUGCAGGAAAACUUUAUUGAUAGAGGAGAGAGAGAAAAUAAUUCUCCGUGGACCUGGAAAUGAAUUGUCCAAGGCUGUAGAGCUCUUAGAAAAGGGCGAGCCUCGCAGGGGUGUAACCAUCUCCUCCAGAGACGAGGCUGAGGUCUUAGUAGAUAUGAAACACAUGGCUUUCCUUCAGAAACUAAAGCACAAGGAGCUGAAGGACAUUGAGCAGAAGUACAGUGUAAAGAUGGAUGAGAAGAUCAAAGGCGGUAGCGUAUAUGUCACAUUCAGAGCUUUAAAUGGGGCCCCUGACCUCGGCCCUUACGCCAGACACAGUUUCAUCACCCUUCUGCAGAAGACAAUCACUAACAUUGAGAAAAAGAUGAUCAGCGUUGGGGCAGACCUUCAGGAAGAGAUUAUUCUUUCAUGUCACAAAGAGCUGCAGACAAGAGGCAUAGAUGUUAUUCUGGAAUGUUCCAAAGGUUCAGUGGUCCUGUUCGGUUCGCCAAUCCAUGUGGCCUUAGCUGCUGAGAAGCUCAUCGAGUUCUUCAAACCUCAGGGAGCCCAGGCAGCUGGAGCAUCUGGAGGCGGCACUCAGAAGGUGAAAGAUACGAAUGCGGAUGAUCAGGAUAAUAAAUGUCCUAUUUGCCUGGACGAAAUGAAGGAUAAAAAAGCUCUGAAAUGUAAGCAUGCAUUUUGCACUGAUUGUCUCCAGACAGCCAUGGCCCAUAAGCCAGUCUGCCCGAUAUGUAGUGUCUCAUACGGGACUGUUACCGGAAACCAGCCUGAAGGAACUAUGACAGACAGAGUGUGUAGAGAGUCUCUGCCGGGAUUUUCAGGAUGUGGAACUAUAGAAAUUAAUUACAACAUUCCAAGCGGUGUUCAGAAGGCGGACCAUCCCCGGCCAGGAAAGCAUUUCUCUGGUACUGGCCGCACUGCCUAUUUACCGGAUAACGCAGAGGGCAGAGAGAUUCUGCGCUUGCUGAGAAAGGCUUUUCACCAAAAAUUAAUCUUUACUGUGGGGGAUUCCCGUACCACAGGCGCCUCAGACACCGUAACCUGGAACGACAUCCAUCAUAAAACCAGCAAAUCUGGAGGCUCAGCAGGCUUCGGGUAUCCUGAUGCUGAUUAUCUGGGACGGGUGCGAGAUGAGCUGAAAGCCAAAGGCAUUGAACUUUUAUUCUACAAGACUUUCCUGUCUGUGCCUGAGUUCUACCCAUAGAGACGCCUUAUUCUGGUGAUUGUAUUGUAGCGGAUAAUACUGGUCUUAGUGGCACAUUCUCCUAAUGUUCAGUCAGCCAAAACUGUGAUUAAAAGCAACUAAAGCUACAA